AUGGCGGCUGUAUUAAGAGUCGACGAAGGAUACCAGACUGUGUCUACCACCCCAGACGCUCCUGAGCCCGAACCCGUGGAUAUGGGCAGCAACGAAUACGUCCUCAAGUCCGAGUACAGGCAAGGGGAUACCAUAGCUGGCCUGGCGGCAGGAGGCGCAGCUGCCCUCAUAUUCACGACGUCGCUUCUCCUCAUAGCGUUGAACAAUCCUUUCGCUCUGUCUUGGUUCACAUGGCAUGCGCCAUCGAAUACUCUAUCACUUCUAGUCCUGGUUCUCGCUGUCGCACAACUACAACCAACAGCGAACCCGCGCACGAAAGCCGCCGGGCUAUCGCGCCACUGGCUUGGUGCAGCUCCCGCGAUACUGCUCGUGGUACUCGGCACAGCCGCGAUGUUCACCAAUAAGGUUAUACACGACGCAUCGCACUUCACAACAUGGCACGGAUUGUGCGGUAUCAUCGUUACUGCGUUGUUGGUUGCGCAGGCAGCAUUCGGCGCGAGUACCGUAUUCUUUGACGGGAAGGUGUGGGGCGGAUCAGCGAAGGCGAAGAUAUGGUGGAAGUACCAUCGGUUGAGCGGGUACAUCGUCAUUCCCCUCAUGCUGCUGACCAUCCACCUCGGCGGCGCGUGGUCCACCUGGGUUCAGAUGCAUACGGCCUUCAUUGUACGCCUGUUUGCAUACACGCUGGCCCCUAUCGUCGUUGCAUGUGGGCUGGUUGCACGUAUAAGACCAAGUAAGAUGAACUUCUCAUGA